AUGGUGGUGUAUCUACUUGUUCUUUCCCUGGCAGAAUUCUUCUGGCCAUGUAUUCUGUUCAUGAUUCUGACAAUACUUCGUUUUCAAGAACCUCCCAGACAUAGAGAAACAUGUUAUUUGCAACCCCGAGAUCUACCCAGUCGCGGUAUUUUCCCCUUUGUCCAAAGCCUUCUUUGCAACACUGGGUCAAGGUGCAGUAAUGUAAGCUAUGCCUGGUCAGCAGAACACCUUUCUCGUUCAUCCAAAUCCUGGACUGCAAUGGACAAUCACAAGAAGGUCAACAACCUGGUUUUCUUAAAAGAGAUACAGGACUUUACUAAGGAUAUCUAUGAAAUUAUGGACAAAGCAAAACGUUUACACAAUGUUUGGAAAGAAAGAUCCAGGAGUCCAGAUUCUUCUUACAAUUCCAGUUUUUUAACAAUGGAUCUGAAUAAGACUGAGGAAGUGAUAUUGAAAUUGGAAAGCCUUCACCAGCAACCCUAUAUCUGGGAUUUCCUACUUUUACUGCCAAGAAUAAGAAAAAAUUUUCAUAUUGAAGAUGGCAUUCAUGUUAUAUUACAUUUUCUCCAGGCAGUGUCAAAUUCAUUAACAUCUCUAGAAGAUUUAGAUUGGAUGCCACUCAACCACACUUUUUUGAGGGUUUCUGAAAUUAUGCUAAAUGUGACCACUUCUACGCUGACACUUCUUCAGGAAUAUGGAAUAGUAGCUGCUACUAAGUCAGAAUACAAUAUGUCCUUGCCCAAUAUGGUGUGGGAACCACAGAAGGUACAGGCAGACCUGAAAUCCCUAUUUGACUCUGAUGACCUUCAUGCAGAACAAGGCGUAAAUUAUUCAAUUGGACCACAAGAGCUGUACGCUCAGUGGAAGAAGACGGUGGAAGAGGAUGGCCUUCCAGGAAACAGAGAUGGACCGGCCUUAGGUCUUCGGUUGAGGGUAUUUGAUCAAUGGCAAAAGGGGAGCCUAAUUCCAAUGGUGUUAGCAGCAACUGCACACAGUCUGGAGGCACUCAGGAAUCAUUUUGAGGAGAAGGAUCAGCUAUGGAAAGUGGCAGAUGCUUUACAUGCCACCUUCCCUCUUCUGAAUGACAGUUUGAGAGCAGAGAGCUCCAAAGGCACCCAUAUAUCGUCAAAGAUAUUUUUAUAUUUAUGGAAAUUGCUAAACUUUCUUCAAAAACUGUCCCAGUGGCUACCUUUGAAGAGAUUGCACCAGUUCAAUAUAGCUCUUAACAAUGUUGUAGCCCAGCAAUUACAUUUUAUUCAAGAAAUCUUCAUUCGCCUGCAGAUAUUAGCUAAAGAUUCCAAACUGGGCCAACCCAAUCAUUUAAAACUGGAAAAGGACACAUUCUUUAGAAAAUUAAAGCAGUUGCUGAUAAAGAACACUACUGUCAAAUGCCUAAAUGGACACUGGUCUAGGAUGGAGAGUCCCUUGAGUCCUGAGAAUUCCAGUACAUGGGAAGCCCUAUGGAGGAUGAUAUGUGACCACAAUUCCACUACUUUAAAUAAUUUACUCGGCUCAGUUGAAGAUGCUGAUUAUCUGUUGCAAGAGGUCAUUACUGGGCACACAAAUAAACCAUUUUCAAUACCUAAAGAAUCAAAGUGGAAGGAACUAGAUACGCAGCUGUUGGAAGUCAGUCUUUCCUGCUCAAGGCUCUUCCACAUACUGGGACCAGAAGUCUCAGCUAAGAAUAGCACCUAUUCUGUUGACUGCAAGGACAAGCUUAUUUCCACAGUGGUACUUUAUGUACUUGAAAAAUCAAAGUUGUUCUUAGAACAAACAUACUACUGGAAAGUCUUCAUAGGAUUUAUCAGGAUGACUUGUGAAGUGACUCAGUAUGUGAAUAGUCAAAAAGAUUUCCAGAAUAAUCUGUUUGAGUUACCUGAGGAUUCUCCUUGUUAUAAAGAAAACAUGGAUUGGAAAUUCAUCAUCAUUAACUAUUCUACGUUUUUAAAUAACUUUAUCAAAUCUCCAAGAGAGACCAUAUCCAGGAUCAUAAAUUCCACAAAGGAGCUUCUAAUGAUGAAAACGAAGUUGCAUACACUUGAGGAUGAGCAUAUAAACAAUCUAUCUUCUGUGGAAAUUUUACAGAAAUUAUUAUUGCCUAAUACUUUAAAUUUAACCAGUGUUCAUGAUACCCAUGACCUCCUGUCUCUCACUGGUAUUAUAACCAAUACUAACUCUCUGAGUGUAAAUCAUUUAAAAGGUUUGAAAAAAACAUUUGCUAUUUACAAUAGAAAACUUUUGGAAUUUGCCAAAGAGAUAAUUGGAAAAAUACAAAUGCUUGAAAGACUCUGGAUGAAGAAAGAAUCAAAAGAUAUUUUGAGUCUUAUGGAAUUAGUACCUUUUGAAAUUAAUCCCAAACUACUGGAAUUUUGGAUGCAUCAAAUUUCUAAAGGAGAAAGAAUUAAAUUGGAAACCUUGUCUAGAGUUCUGAAUUUUUCUAUUCAAGAAAGUGAAAGAAUGCAAAAUAAAAGCUUUAACGUCUCUGACUUGGUUUGUUCAGAUUGUCCUAAACCAUCUUUAAAAGUGUACUUUGUACAUUUAAGUGAAAGUAUAAUAAAUAGUCUCUAUGAAUUUGGAUUUCUGAGGCAGGAACAAGUAUCAGAAGCUCUGGACAUAGUUUAUGCUAUGAAAAAUGCAUCUGAUAUUUUCACAACCUUUUCUGAACCUACUAAAAAAGAAAUUGAUAGAAUUUUGAAUCAUAUAUAUCUCAGUGUCUUCAAGAACAAAGACUCAGCUUUACUUCUGAAAAUGUAUUCUUCAUUUUACAAAUACAUUUAUGGAUUUGUUAGCCUUCAAAAUAAAGAAUCUUUGCUAUCUUUCUUUACACAAAUAUCAAAACAUAUUUUGAAUAUCAUUAAACAAUUUAAUUUUCAAAGCAUCAAUAAGGCAUUUGCAUUUUUAUAUGAGACAACAAGUGUUAUUCAUGAAAUUUCUGACUUGUCUUAUUGUCAGAAAUUUCUUUCAAUGUUUAACUUUUUGGAGAAUCAGGCUAAGUCCCUGAAGUCUAUAGAAGACCCCAAAUUGGAAGUCAUCUAUGCAACUUUGACAGGCCUCAAACAUCUGCUCAGAGUAGACAAAGAUUUUCGUAUUUCUUUAUUUCAGUAUUUGAAUCAAUUCUUCAAUAGUUCAAGAGAGGCACUGUUGGAUAAUGAAUGCUUUGCUUUGGAUAAUAAAGUUGUUUCGUCUGUGAACUACUCAGUGGAUGAAGAAUUUUCAUUUAUCCUCCCAUGGUCACAAAUCGUUUCAAACCUCUCAACAAAAAGUGGUAUGCUCAACGAGUUUAUGGCUAUUCACUGCACCAUUUCAUGGCUUCAAAUGCGGACUGAAAUCUUUGAAAGCAUAUCUCAGAUAUUUAAGUUAGAUAUGGACAUUUUUACCCCUCUUCAUGUUGGACUCACUCAGCUUUUGGAGGAAUUGGACAACGAUAUGAAGAUAUCUAAAAGUUGCCAAGAAAUAUUUCCCACUCAUCACCCUACUGAAUUUAUUUUAAAUUUGUUUAGAAAUGUAUCUCAAGUUGAAAGCUUCUAUGUUUGGGAAGAUAUUCAAGAGCUCAGAGACCUAUGGGUAGAAUUAGGUGAUGCAUUAGUUACAGUAAAGUCUUUUAAUCUGGGCAAACUAGAGAAAUCUCUUUUCACCAUGAAAACUAUCCUGCAUCAAUUAAAGGCAUUCCUAUUAAGUGGCAGUGCAAGAAGAGAAAUUUUAUAUUCUCUGCUUGAUAUUUUUACUGAGAUAAGCAAUACCUCAGAAUAUUUGGAUAGAAAUGCACAUUUGAUAAACAACUUUCUUUCUAAUAACCAUACAAAUUUUGGAGUAGAGUUUGAAAAUGCCUUGAGUGAUAUAAGAGAAACUAUAUUGUUUCUGAGAAAUGUGUCACAUAACCAAGAUUUAUUGUAUUGUGCUGCUGUUUUCCAAAAUGUUACUGAAAUUAUUUUGGAAAAUAACUUAUAUCUAAAUAAUUCUCAGAAGGUAUUAUAUAUUCUGUCUACUCUGAGGUCCACAUUUUCAUCUGAGGACUCAGUUAACAGACUAAAAGGUUGCAUUGCAUGGGUAGACAUUAUGAAUCAUCUGCAUGUGAUAUAUAACUCGAGCUUUUCAGAAGGCCCUUUUCAGAGUAUUUUCAGGAAUUUCAGAGAUGUGGAAAACAAAGUGAACUCUACAUUGAAGCUUGUUACUUGGAUAUUGAAUAUAAAGGAAACUCACUGUUUAUUGAAUGUGUCAGAUACAUGCAAUAUAAAUAUUUACUUGAAAAAUGUAACUGACUUUUUAAACACCGUGCUUAUGACCAUCUUUGAUAAGGAGAAAUUACCAAACUUUGAAAUUUUAUUGACUCUCUUAAAUAAUUCUACAAACCAAGUAAAAAUGAUUAUCAGUAACUUAACAGAAGAUUUCGAUUCUGCCUCUCAGUCUAACUGGGAAAAUUUUACUGAACUUAUUUUAAGACCCACAGAAAUGUCAGAUGAAAUUUCUAGUCAGUUUCAAAAUGUCUGGUUUCACUUAACAGCUCUGGGGAAGGAAAUUCAAAAAUUUAUGAAAGAUAUUUCUGUCAGCAUUCUAGAAAACACUUCUUCAAAAGAUAAAUUAUUUUUAAAUAUAUUUACUACCAGACCAGAGGAAAAUGAUAUAAAUAGAUUACGUAAUUCAUUUUAUCAUUUUGUGAGUUACAUUAAUUUUAACUUAUCUCACAGUGUCAAAUUUUCACCCCAAACAAUUCCACAUGAAGUAAUGAAGGCGGUUGGUCUUGGCAUUCAAAUGGCAAAGGAUGUGUUUAACUCCCUGAUGCCCUCAAUUUAUCACAAUAUUGCACAAGAUUCAAGUCAUGUUCAAGUUUUAAAGAAGGUAGCUUCUUUCCUGCAUACUUUUAAGAAGGCAGAUAUAGAUCUGCUAGUAGAACAGCUUGAACACAUUAGUGAGAACCUAAUGGAUUUCUUUAAGAAUAUUAAUAGCUUAGAGAGUGGCAGUUUUGGAAUCAACUUGAUUGUUGGCUUGAUGGAAAAAUUUGUGCACAGCUCACAUUCCUGGAACGUUAACCAUUUACUAAAGCUCUCACGCCUGCUUCCUAAAGAUGAUGUUGAUGUUGUUGUAGAUGUGUACUACAUGCUUCCUCACGCUGUGAGGCUCCUACAAAAAGCUGUUGGUCAAAAUAUAACAGAAGUCUUUAAGGAUGUCUAUAACUUCACACUUCUUCAUGGCAUAAACAUUUUAAAUGUCACCAAAGAAGAUUUUGCUAUUGUUAUAAAAACUCUUCUAGAUGCAACUGAAUUAAUAUCAGACAACCCAAAUAUUUUUUCAGAGGCUCUAAUUUGCCUUCCUGUGGCUUGGUGCUGGAAUCACACUGUUAGAUUUCAGCAGAAUCCAAAGUUAGAGGCUUGUGAUGUCCAUGGGUUCAUGUCUUCUUCAUUUUAUAGCAAAAUAGUGAGCAUAUUUGACCACCUUCACUUGUCUCCCCCUCUAGGAGACUCACAAUGUUCAAAUAAAAGUUUGCAGAUGGAAUUAACUAGGAAAAUGGUCUGUGUAGUUCAUGAGUUAGUGGACUUGAAUUUCAUUCUUCUAGAACUAUCUGAAGUCUUCCAUGUUAAAAAUUCCCUUACACAAACCGUACACGAAUUUUGGCAUAAGGUGUUACCAUUCAUCCCAUCUCCUGGAAACCAAACAAAUGAUGGCACAUCUGAAGUCUGUCCAAGUGUAUUUAUGAAGCAAGUUGCGUUGCAAAUGAUUAAAAAAUUAAAAGCAGUCAACUUUACCAACAUUACAUCAAAUGAAAGUACUCUUGAUAGACUAUUUAGUUUAAACAGUAUCUUCAAUGUUAAUGAAUUCAAUACAAAUAAUACUGUCCUUCAAAUAAUUAAUUCUGUUAAACUUGCCUUGAAGCAAAUAAAGUCAGAAAUUGGUGAAGGAAAAUUUUUUUCAAGAAGCAUAGUAGAUUGGAUGGAAAAUGUUUUAGAAACAUUCUUUGCUGUUUUACAAAAGAAAAAUUCUGAGAACAAAGUAUUUCUUCUACUAAACGACUUUAAUGAAGACAUCAUUGCAGAGAUGAAUGUGGCUGCAAUGUGUCAGACUUUCCUGCAGCCUUCGAAAUCUCCAGAAGCCCUUGUGACUCUGCAGAAAGUGCAGUUGUUGACUAUGCGAUUGAUUUUGAUAUUUGCAGGACUAAAAGAGCACUAUUCUGUGCUUCAUCUGGUGGAUAUUAACCAAAGGGGCAUAACUGAAAACUGUGGGAAGUGUGAUUAUACAGUUCAGGAAAUACUUGUUCACUAUUUCUUCUGUUUUCCUUUGGCAGAAAACCCUGUCUUUACGAAGGAUGUUUUGUGUGCUACUCUGAGUUGCAAGCAAGAUGGAAUAGGAUAUCUCAGUAUAUCUGCUCUACAAGGAGUCACUUUGGUGUAUGAUCACUAUCCGGAAUUGGAAAAAUUAUGGUUUUCACCCGAUCAAAUAAAUUGUGAAGAUCUUAGCAGAAAUCUUUCUCGAACAUUGAAGAGCUUCAAGGACAGAUGGGAAAAUGCCACUGAUGAGAAUUGUGAAUGUGAACCCUCACUAGACAUUGUUCAGCAACACAUUUACAUGUUGAUCCAAAGCAUUGGGAAAACUUUAUUGUCAGGGAAUCCUGUUAUGGCUUUUCUGAAGGAUUUCGCAGUAACAGAGAAUAUCAAGGUAAAAAAUUUGAUGAAGAACGUCACCAAGCUAACUGAAGAGCUACAGACUUCCAUUCACAUCUCAAAUGAAACCCUUGAUAGUAUUUUAGAAGCGAAUAUUUCCCACUCACAGGUUCUCUCGAGUGCUCUCACUGCAGCCUUAUCUGGAAGAUGUGACUGGGACAUUCUUCACCUCCUGCUGGAGUUUCCCAAGGAUGAAUCAUCUUGGUUUGCAGUCAAAGAACUGUGUGACAUGCCUGUAUCCAAAAUGUAUUCACUGAUCGUAUUGAUGAGUCGGAACCUGAACAUUCGAAAUGUCAUUUACAAAACUAUGAUUCCUCCGGAAGCCAGAAGCAUGCUCAGUUCCCUGUUGGAUCUCAUUUCCAGCCUCAGCCAUCUGCUUUCAAAAGCUGGUCACAUCCUUGAAUACCUUCCUGAAUUUCUUCAUUCACUUAAAAUCACUUCCUUGCUAGGUGUGUCCAACUUCCAACAGGUUUCACAGGAUAAUGAGGCCAGGAGCUCAGCCUUUGGUUCAUUUCAGUCUGUGAUGAAGAUGAUUUGCAAGGACCAGGGGUCUUUCUUUAGCAACACUAACACAUUUAUUGAUUUGCCUAGAGUUAAUGAACUUUUGGAAGAUGACAAAGAAAAGUUCAACAUUCCUGAAGAUUCAACACCCUUUUGCUUGAAGCUUUAUCAGGAGAUUCUACAUUUUCCAAAUGGUGCUAUAAUAUGGUCUUUCCUAAAGCCCAUAUUACAUGGAAAAAUAUUGUACACACCAAACACUCCAGAGAUUAAUAAGGUCAUUCAAAAGGCUAAUGUUACUUUUAUUUUUGUGGACAAGUUGAAGGCCUUAUUAGAAACAAUGCUAAAAACGUCAAAUGUUCUUCAGAGCAGUGGAAAUGACCAGAUGCUAAAGGAACUGCAGGGAGUUUUAAGAAACAAAUUUAUAAGAAACUUUAUAGAAAGUCAGUUGAAUAUUGAUGUAGACAAAUUGACUGAAAAGCUUCAAACAUAUGGAGAGAUGCUACAUAGGAUGUUUAAUCACACAGCUGUUGGACACAUCAGUUUCUUAGGCCAUAUCUUGGUUAAUCUCUCUUCCUGUGUGGCAUUAAAUCGUUUCCAACCCAUGGAUUCUAUCACCAUCCUGGAGUCUAAAGCUCAUGAACUCAUGCAGAGAAAUAAUUUCUUGGCCAGUAUCAUAUUUAACAAUUCCUUUGUUGGCAAGAACUUCACAUCAGAAUCUCUCCAGCUGCCAGCCCACAUUACGUACACAAUUCGGACCAGCGUGUUAUACAGCAUGAGAACAGACUUGGUGAAAAACCCCUACUGGAAGUUCCAUCCUCAGAGCCUACCAACAAAUGGAUUCAAAUAUAACUACGUCUUUGUUCCACUGCAAGACAUGAUUGAAAGAGCUAUCAUCUGGGUGCAGACUGGGCAGGAAGCCACCGAGCCAGGCACUCAGACUCAGGCCAUUCCAUACCCUUGUCACACCAGCGACUUAUUCUUGAACAAUGUUGGUAUCUUUUUCCCCUUGAUAAUGAUGCUGACAUGGAUGGUCUCUGUAGCCAGCAUGGUUCGAAAGUUGGUUUAUGAGAGAGAAAUCCAGAUUGAAGAGUACCUGAAGAUGAUGGGAGUGCACCCUAGCAUACAUUUUCUGGCGUGGUUCCUGGAGAACAUGGCUAUGUUGACUUUGAGCAGUGCUACCUUGGCUGUCAUUCUGAAAGCAAGUGGAAUCUUCGCACACAGCAAUGCUUUAAUUAUUUUUCUUUUUCUCCUCAAUUUUGGGGUGUCAGUCAUCAUGCUAAGUUACUUCUUGAGUAACUUUUUUAACCAGGCAAAUACAGCAGCCCUUUGUACAAGCCUAAUAUACAUGAUAAGCUUUUUGCCUUAUAUCAUUCUACUGGUUCUGCAUAACCAAUUGAAUGCUAUCAUCCAGACAUUUCUGUGCCUCCUCUCAACGACUGCCUUUGGACAAGGAAUAUUUUUUGUUACUUUCCUUGAAGGGCAAGAAACAGGAAUUCAGUGGAAUAAUAUAUAUGAGGCUCCCGAAGAAGUGGGCAUGACAUUUAGCUGGGUUUCAUGGAUGAUUCUACUUGAUUCGGGUCUUUAUUUUUUAUGUGGAUGGUAUCUCAGCAACUUGAUUCCUGGAACUUUUGGCUUGAGGAAGCCCUGGUAUUUCCCCUUUACUUUGUCCUAUUGGAAGAAUGUAUGUGGUUUGAUAGAGAAAAGUCCACCCAUGCUACACUCUGAUCUGUUCUUUAUUGGGAAUUUUGGCAUAAAAGGAUCAUCAUUGCAAAAUGGGGAAGGAAAACUUGAAGAAGGCUACCCAGGUGUUGCAUUGGUAUCUGUGACUAAGGAGUUUGAAAACUACAAAGCCAUCCAAAAUCUCACCCUCACCUUUUACCAAGACCAGAUUACUGCACUGUUGGGAACCAAUGGUGCUGGGAAGACCACUGUCAUAUCCAUGUUGACUGGCCUCUACCCACCUACUUCUGGAAACAUCAUCAUCAAUGGCAAGGACCUUCAGACAGACUUGUCUGCCAUAAGAGAAGAGUUGGGAGUGUGUCCCCAGCGGGAUGUCUUAUUUGACAACCUCACUGUGUUGGAGCACCUGAUGCUCUUUGCUUCCAUCAAAGCACCACAAUGGACCCAGAAGGAGUUGCAACAUCAAAUCAACAAAACUCUUCAGGAUGUUGAAUUAAUUCAGCACCAACACAAACAAGUCCGUGCUCUUUCUGGAGGUAUGAAAAGGAAGCUCUCCAUUGGCAUUGCUUUCAUUGGCCGAUCAAGGACUGUUAUUCUAGAUGAGCCCACCAGUGGCGUUGAUCCUUGUUCUCGCCGGAGCAUCUGGGAUAUUCUUCUCAAGUAUCGAGAAGGGCGCACUGUGAUCUUCACUACUCACCAUCUGGACGAAGCUGAAGCGCUCAGUGACAGAGUGGCUGUUCUGCAGCAGGGACUCCUCCAUUGCUGUGGGCCUCCCUUCUGCCUGACCGAGGCUUUUGGCCAGGGCUUCAGCUUGACACUCACAAAGCAAAGUUCUGUUAUGGAGGAACAGAAUUCCAAGGAGAUCUCUUGUGUCACGUCUCUGAUACAGAGCUAUAUUCCACAAGCAUUUCUCAAAGACACCAGUGAUGGGGAGCUAACCUACACCAUCCCCAGAGAUGCAGACAGAGUUGGUUUCAAAGGACUCUUCCAGGCCCUGGAUCAGAACCUUCACCAUUUAUACCUAACAGGCUAUGGGAUUUCAGACACUACCCUAGAAGAGGUGUUUCUGAUGCUUUUGCAAGACGCCCCAAAGCAAACUGAUAUUGCUACAGAAUCUAAGUUGGAAGUACCGUCCCACAAACCUGAGGCCUCUCUCUCUGGAUAUUGUGGUGCUUUGGCCAGGCCUAUCUCGAUCCAGGGUGGCCGGCUGCUUCUGGAACAGAUGGCUGCCCUCCUUAUGAAGAGGUUGCUUCGUACACUCCGAGCCUGGAGAUGGACUUUUUCCAACCUAAUGUUGCCAGUCCUCUUCGUUGCCUUGGCCAUGGGCCUGUUUAUGGUGAAGCCGGUGGCCAUUGAGUACCCGCCCCUCAAACUAACACCUGGCCAGUAUGAAAGCACUGAAAGUUACUUUUUCAGCAACGAGGGCCAAGGCACAGAUCUUGCUCAGAUACUUUUGAGGAAGUUUGGAGACCAGGAUCUGCUUUGUGCUGAUUUGAACCCAGGCAUGAUAAAUUCUUCAUGCUGGCACACUGACCCUUUUUCUCAACCACAAGUCCUUGACUCCUGUGGCUGUCUGCAGUGUCCGAACAGAAGUGCCAAGGCCCCUUACCUGGUCAGUCAGCUCGGCCACACCCUGCUGAAUCUGUCUGCCUUUAAUCUGGAGGAUUACUUGCUGAUGCCACAUGAAAAGCCAAGGCUUGGCGGUUGGUCUUUUGGAGUGCCACUACCAGAAAAAGUUGAAGACUCAGAUUCAAAUAUAUCAAAACCAAAAACCCUAGAAAAGGUGUGGUAUAAUCAAAAGGGGUUUCAUUCUCUCCCUUCCUACUUAAAUCAUCUGAACAACCUUAUAUAUUGGAGAUUUUUACCUUCUGUAGUGGACUGGCGACAAUAUGGAAUAACACUCUAUAGCCACCCAUACGGAGGGGCACUGCUGAACGAGGACAAGAUCCUGGAGAGUAUCCGGCAGUGUGGGGUGGCCCUCUGCAUCGUCCUGGGAUUUUCUAUCCUAUCUGCAUCAAUUGGUAGCUCUGUGGUGAGAGACCGGGUGAUAGGAGCCAAAAGGUUGCAGCACAUAAGUGGCCUGGGCUACAGGACAUACUGGUUUACUAAUUUCCUAUAUGACAUGCUUUUUUACUUAGCUUCCGUCUGCCUGUGUGUCACAGUUAUCGCUGCCUUCCAGUUAACAGCUUUUACUUUCCGAGCAAACUUGGCAGCCACGGCCCUCCUGCUGGCACUCUUCGGAUACGCAACUCUUCCAUGGAUGUACCUGAUGUCCAGAAUCUUCUCCAGUUCAGAUGUAGCUUUCAUCUCUUACGUCUCUUUGAACUUCAUCUUUGGACUGUGCACCAUGAUGAUGACCAUCAUGCCUCGAUUACUGGCUAUCAUUUCCAAAUCUCAGAAUUUGCAGAACAUCUAUGAAGUACUCAAGUGGGUCUUUACAAUUUUCCCUCAGUUCUGUCUGGGUCAGGGAUUAAUUGAACUUUGUUAUAAUCAGAUCAAAUAUGACUUGACCCAUAAUUUUGGCCUGGAUUCCUAUGUUAGUCCCUUUGAGAUGAAUUUCUUGGGAUGGAUAUACAUACAACUGGUUUUACAAGGCACCAUUUUCCUCAUCUUGAGAAUUCUGCUUCACUGGGACCUUCUGCAGAGGUCAAGAGGUCACUCCAACCUUCAAGGCACAGUCACAUCUUCUAAGGAUAUAGACGUUGAGAAAGAACAAAUGAGAGUGUUGAAAGGAAGAACUGAGGGAGACAUCCUUGUUUUAUGUAACCUCAGUAAGAGCUACCAAGGCUUCCUCAAGAGAACCACUGCUGUGCAGGAUAUUAGUUUGGGCGUAGCGAGAGGAGAGUGCUUUGGACUUCUAGGAGCAAAUGGAGCUGGGAAAACCACUACAUUCAAAAUGUUAAAUGGAGACAUCUCUCCUACCUCAGGCCAUGCUGUCAUCAGAACUUCCAUGGGGGAGGAUGUAGACCCCUCGUGUGCAGAUAGAGCAGGAGUUCGCAUUGGCUACUGUCCCCAGCAGGAUGCUCUGGAUGAGCUGCUGACGGGCUGGGAGCACCUCAGUUAUUACUGCAGGCUUCGAGGGAUUCCAAAGUCCUGCAUCCCUGAGGUUGCUGGGGAUCUCGUGCAGCGUUUACACCUAGAAGCCCAUGUGGACAAACCUGUGGGUACCUAUAGUGGGGGUACCAAGCGGAAGCUCUCCACAGCCCUGGCCCUCCUGGGAAAGCCUGAUCUUCUUCUAUUGGAUGAACCCAGCUCUGGGAUGGAUCCCUGCUCUAAACGGUACCUGUGGAAAACAAUAAUAAAGGAGGUUCGAGAAGGCUGUGCUGCAGUACUGACAUCCCACAGCAUGGAGGAAUGUGAGGCACUUUGCACAAGACUCGCCAUAAUGAUCAAUGGCAGCUUCCGCUGCCUCGGUUCUCCUCAGCAUAUUAAAAACAGGUUCGGUGAUGGUUUUAUAGUUCGAGUUUGGCUCAGUAAAGACACAGAUCAACAUAGCAAUGUUUCUGACUGCUUGAAGCUACAUUUUCCAGGAAUCCAGUUUAAGGGACAGCGUCUUAAUUUAUUGGAAUAUCAUGUGCCAAAAAAAUGGGCGAGCUUAGCUGAUCUAUUCAAAGUUCUUGAGACAAAUAAGACCUUCUUGAGUAUCAGAUAUUACUCCAUUAAUCAAACCACUUUGGAACAGGUAUUUAUUAAUUUUGCCAGUGAUCAGCAGCAAACUUCGCCAUCUGCUUUCCACUCAUCCCAUGACAAUUAUCAGCCACAUCACUUGCCUGUCUAA